AAGACAGAAACUUUGUCAAGAAGCAGAAGACACCCCGUCACCUUAACUGGAGGUGGCCAACACUGGCAUGGGUGAGAGUGCAGCGAUUCUCAGACACCCCAAAACCUGACCCUCAAGGUGUAUCUCUAAAGGCAAAGACUCGCUCACCCUUUUUUGCAGGAGGCAGCUGGGGGCCUCGUGCAAAACGAGCGUGCAACAGGAAGUAAGCAGUGUGCAAGGAGCGUGUGAGGCGGCCCAAGGGGCUCCAUCCAGCUGGCAGAGGAGCGGAGCAGAGGCCCACCUGCCACCCUCUUGCGUGGAGCUGGAAGCAGAGGAAGGAGAUUUGAGGACGUUUAUUCUGAUCCUCCCAGGAUAAUCCUGGAAAUUGCUUUCCCAUCUCCGCCUCUCCCUCCCCGCCUGCCCAUCUGCGAUGUUUUAAGAGAGGAGGGGGGAAGAAGGCCAAGCGAAAAACCAGCCUCAUCUCCGGAAAGGACCCUCACCUCUGCCCCAAAGAUGCCCACCUCAAAGCCUCUAGAGGAUGAGUUCUGGAUCGAGGGAUCCCGCAGGGAUGCAAUCCUUGAGGAUUUCUACAUCAUGGGCCCGGAACUUGGCAGGGGAGCCACGUCGGUGGUGUACAGUUGUGAGGAGAAAGGAAGUAACAUCCAAUAUGCUGCCAAAAUAUUGAAGAAAACGAUCGACAAGAAAAUCGUCAGGACCGAAAUCGGUGUGCUGCUGAGGCUGUCGCAUCCGAAUAUUAUCAAACUCAAAGAGAUCUUUGAGACUACCUCGCAGAUCACCCUCAUCCUUGAGCUGGUGACAGGUGGCGAGCUCUUUGACAGGAUCGUUGAACGGGGUUUCUACAGCGAAAAAGAUGCAGCUCAUGUGGUGAAGCAGAUCCUGGAAGCUGUUUCCUAUUUGCAUGCAAAUGGCGUGGUCCACCGUGACCUGAAACCAGAGAAUCUCCUCUACGCAGAUCUCUCUCCAGAUGCUCCUCUCAAAAUAGGUGAUUUUGGAUUGUCCAAGAUUGUGGAUGAGCAGGACACGAUGAAGACAGUGUGUGGCACCCCCGGAUACUGUGCACCCGAGAUUCUCCAUGGUUCUCCCUACGGUCCAGAAGUGGAUAUGUGGUCUGUCGGUGUCAUCACAUAUAUAUUGCUUUGCGGCUUUGAGCCUUUCUUUGACCCGAGAGGAGACCAAUAUAUGUACAGCAGGAUCCUAAACUGUGACUAUGAGUUCGUGUCUCCAUGGUGGGAUGAAGUGUCUCUCAACGCCAAGGAUUUGGUUCAGAAACUGAUCGUUCUGGAUCCCCAGAAGAGGCUCACGGUGCAACAGGCUCUGGAGCAUCCUUGGGUGACCGGCAAAGCCGCCAAGUUCGCCCACAUGGACAGCACGCAGAAGAAGCUGCAGGAGUUCAAUGCGAGGCGCAAGCUGAAGGCUGCGAUGAAAGCUGUGGUAGCAUCUAGCCGACUUGGCAAUCAUGGCCACCAUGACAGCUCCAGGAACGGACGGCACCAAGAUGCCCCCAAGGAACCGGGGCUGGUGCAAGGAGCUAGGAGUGGCCUCCUCCUCGAGGACAACGCUUACAAGAAGACGCCCUCCAGGACCAGCGGGGCGGCAGAUCCUACUCCAGCUGCCUCAGAGAACCUUGAUGAGAGCCACGGAGCCACGGCUGCAGCACUCAACGGCUCCAGUGGCAAAAGUUAGGCCCGAGCAAGCCUGGUUGCUUUGCUCCUGCCAGAUGUCGGAAGGGUGGGGAGGGAAGUCUGUCCUCAUCACCGCAGCAGAUAGACCAAAACAAGAAGACAAAAAAGAUGAAGAAGGAAGG